UUUUGGUAUCAACACAAGUUGGUGUCCACUCCUCCAAGUUUAACAAUCAUUUCAAGGCCUCAUCCCAUGUUUCUUUGUUUGGUUUGAUCAUUCUUUUCAUUUGAUAUUUUGCAUGACCCUUCCCCACUAAACAAGUCAGAUUUCCAUGGUGGAAGCAGAACGUGAUUUCUCUGCUUCCUUUUCAUGGUGGAAGCAAAACGUGAUUUCUCUGCUCCCUUUUCAUGGUGGUCUAAUAGCCAUUAUCGAACUCUUCAAUCUCCAUGGCUUCAAGCCGCUCUGUCAGAUUUGGAUGAGAAGAUUAAAAUUAUCGUAAAUCUUAUACAAGACGACGGAGAUUCUUUUGCGGAAGUGGCUGAUCAGUUCUAUAAGAGAAGACCUAAGUUCUUGAUCAAGAUCGUGCAGGACCUGCACAACUCGUAUCUCUCCUUUGCUGAAAAAUAUGACCAGCUGAGAUCUGCAGAAUUCGUUCAUGCUACGCAUUUGAGGUCAGCAUCUUCUUCAUUGAAGCCCAUAAAUAGUAGCAAAGGAAAUACCAAACUAGAGGAUCAUCACCACACAAAUCCUAUUCAUCAACAAGAAGAUUCUGACCCUGAAACUGAAACCUCCACCUUCGACCAGGAUGCCUCGAAUGAGCCAAUUUCAAAUGAACGGUGUAACAAUUUGAAGAUGGAAGAACACGAAGAUAGAAAUCAAAUGAAGGCAGGCAGGCUGAGAAAGAUUAUAGAUGAUAUUGAAUUGAAUGGAAGCACUGGUGCUGAAACUAAGCAAAUCUCGCGUCUCCAAGCUCAAGGGGGCUGAAUUGCUCUGGCAAGUUUCAGAGCUAAUCAAGUUGGCCUUCACCUAUUUUGGACAUGGUUUCAAUUUUAUUUUCUUUGGUCAUGAAUUGAGCAGAAUUUAAAAAAAAAAAAAAAAACCUGAUGUUUACUCUUAUUUAUAAUAAUAAAAAAAACCAUUA